AUGGACUCCCCGGUCACGCCGGGCCGGACCUCGGCGUCCGGCCGCUCAUCCGUCAUCGAUUCACUGCGCGGAUGCACGCUCUCCGGCGUCCGAAUCCCUAAGGAGGAGCUGAAGAUGAAGAUCACCUGCCCGGAGUACAUACGACUCGCCAUGAGGGAGGCGAUCCGGACCAAGGACGUGGAGGACACCGGGGUGUUGAAGUUUUACGACGCGGCUCGUGCGGAGGGAGCCGAAGCGGCCGAGCCGCCUGAGUUUCCGCUGGUCGUGUUCAUCAAUUCUAAGAGCGGCGGCCGCCACGGGCCGGAACUCAAGGCACGCCUCCAGGAACUCAUGGGCGAGGAACAGGUUUUUGAACUUUCGUCUGUGAAGCCUCAUGAAUUCGUUAGAUAUGGAUUGUAUUGCUUAGAAAUGUUUGCUGAUCUUGGAGACAAUUGCGCAAAAGAGAUUCGUCAAAGACUUAGGGUUGUGGUUGCUGGAGGUGAUGGUACUGUUGGCUGGGUCCUGGGCUGUCUUGGUGAGCUGAACAAACAAGAACGACUGCCUGUGCCCCCAACUGGAAUUAUUCCACUUGGUACAGGAAAUGAUUUGUCAAGGAGUUUUGGAUGGGGUGGCUCAUUUCCUUUUAAUUGGAAAGCGGCAAUUAAAAGAACACUGGACAAGAUCACUACUGGCCCUGUUGUUCAUCUUGACAGUUGGCAUAUGUUGAUAUCAACACCAGCUGGGGAGGAGUUGGAGAUACCUCACUCUCUCAAGCCAACAGAAGAAACUCCUCUUGAUCAGGAACUGGAAGUUGAAGGAGAGUUGCCGGAGAAGGUCUCCUGCUAUCAGGGAGUCUUUUAUAAUUACUUUAGCAUAGGAAUGGAUGCUCAAGUUGCUUAUGGUUUUCACAAUUUACGCAAUGAGAAACCUUAUCUGGCUCAGGGUCCUAUCUCAAAUAAGUUAAUCUAUUCUGGGUACAGUUGCAAGCAAGGUUGGUUUUUCACGCCAUGCAGCAGUGAUCCUGGUUUGAGGAGUCUGAAGAACAUCUUGAGGAUAUAUGCUAAGAAGGUCAAUUCUUCGAUCUGGGAGCAAGUUCCUGUUCCAUCAAGUGUGAGGUCUAUAGUUGCUCUUAACCUUCCUAGUUAUGGAAGUGGUAGAAAUCCAUGGGGAAAUUUGAAGCCGGAGUAUUUGGAGAAGAGGGGGUUUGUUGAGGCCCGUGCUGAUGAUGGUUUUCUAGAAGUUUUUGGUUUCAAACAAGGAUGGCAUGCCUCCAUGGUUAUGGUUGAAUUAAUCUCGGCAAAACACAUAAUCCAGGCUUCAGCUAUCAGAUUUGAGUUAAGGGGAGGAGAGUGGACAGAGGCAUAUAUGCAAAUGGAUGGGGAACCAUGGAAACAACCAAUGAACAAGGACUUCUCGUCAUUUAUCGAGAUCAAGCGUGUGCCCCAUCAUUCACUCAUGGUCAAGGGAGAAUAA